AUGCACUCUUUCAGAAAGGCAAGUUUGCAAGACUUCGACGAGAUUUGGUCGAUUCUGGAAUGUGCCAAAGAGCUUUUGAAAUCGCAGAACAUUGAUCAAUGGCAAGACGGGUAUCCCAAUAGAAGGUCAAUAAAGGCAGAUAUUAAGGCGGGCAGAAGUUAUGUUUUGAUUUGCGAGGGCAAAAUAGCGGCCGUGGGUGCUAUCCUGGUUGGUGUGGACCCGGUUUACACCGCUAUAGAAGGUAGCUGGAUGGGACGUGAAAACGAAGAAAACUACGCUUCCAUACACCGCACGGCUAUAUCGCCGGAGUUCAUAGGCCAAAAAUUGUCGGCCGUCAUGAUGGCAGGACUUGUUGAGAUAUGCUCAGAAUUGGGCUUCAACGACAUUAGAGCUGAUACUCACACGGACAAUAAAGUGAUGCAACAUGUUUUGACAAAAAGUGGGUUUGAAUAUCGAGGAGAAAUAAACCAAGGUGGUGGGGCAUGGAGACGAGCUUAUCAAAUGCUUUUGACUGGAAACUGA